AUGGAGCAAUCCCAAACCGACGGACCGUCGUAUGAGCGACGACAGCAGGCUCGUCGGGAGGCCCGUGGUGCUGGGAAUGAUCAUCAGCAGCCCCAGCAGCAGGACCGAGCUGCUGGGUAUGACCGCCAGCAGCCCCAACAGCAUGAUCGCCAGCACGACCGCCAGCAUCCUCAGCACGAUCGCCAGCAGUCCCAGGUACUUGGUCCAUUGAGUGGACCACCGCAACUUCCACCCCAGAUGUUCACAACAGCCGCACAGCUGUUGGACAUGACAGAUAAGAAACUUCUCCUUGUCAUGCGCGAUGGACGGAAAUUUUUCGGUGUCUUGCGAAGCUGGGAUCAAUUCGCAAACCUUGUGUUCCAGGAUACUAUCGAACGAAUUUAUGCCGGGAAGCUCUUCGCCGAUAAACACGUUGGUCUCUUCCUCGUGCGAGGUGAGAACGUGGUUUUGUUAGGCGAAAUUGAUCUUGAUCGAGAGGACGAUAUUCCCGCUGGAUGGGCACAAGCACCAUACGAAGAAGUUCUUGCGCUUAAGAAUGAGGAGGACAUUCGACGGAAGAAGGAAGAUAAAAUAAGAGCUGCUGCGCUCCGUUCUCUCGGAUUUGAGCCCGAGCACAGCGGUGAGAUCUUGUUUUAG